UCUCUCUCUAGCCCUGAAAUUACGUGAAGCUGUGGGUGGAGAUUCACCUGAUAGUCCCAGAAACCCCUCUCAGCCCGAGGACCAUGAGCAACCAGACUCUGGUAAAAGAAUUUAUCCUGCAGGGCUUUUCAGAGCACCCAGAAUACCAUGUGCUCUUUUUCAGCUGUUUCCUCUCCCUCUACUCUGUGGCCCUCACAGGCAAUAUCCUCAUCAUUUUGGCCAUCACCUUCGACCCCGGGCUGCAUACUCCCAUGUACUUUUUUCUCUUCAACUUGGCUAUUAUGGACAUCAUCUGCACCUCCUCCAUCAUGCCCAAAGCACUCGAGUGUCUGAUAUCAGAGGAGAGCUCCAUCUCCUUUGGGGGCUGCAUGGUCCAGCUUUAUUUCCUCACAUGGGCUGCAUCCUCUGAGCUGCUCCUCCUCACAGUCAUGGCCUAUGACCGGUAUGCAGCUAUCUGCUACCCCCUACAUUACAGCACCGUAAUGAGCAAGACCUCCUGCAACAUGCUGGCUGCAGGUGUGUGGGUACUCUGUGCCUUCAACACGGCCAUCCACACUGGGCUGAUGCUGCGCUUGAAUUUCUGUGGGCCCAAUGUCAUUACCCAUUUCUUCUGUGAGGUCCCUCCUCUGUUACUUCUCUCCUGUAGCUCCACCUAUGUGAACAGCAUCAUGAUUGUCCUGGCUGAUGCCUUUUAUGGCAUGAUGAGCUUCCUGAUGACCAUUGUGUCAUACGGCUUUAUCAUCUCUAACAUCCUAAAGAUGCGGACUGCAGAGGGGAAGAAGAAAGCCUUCUCCACUUGCUCUUCCCACCUUAUUGUGGUGUGCGUGUAUUACACUGCUGUCUUUUAUGCCUACAUAAGCCCUGUCUCCAGCUAUAGUGCUGAGAAGAGCAAGCUGGCUGGGGUGCUGUACACCAUGGUGAGCCCUACUCUCAACCCCCUCAUCUAUACUUUGAGAAACAAGGACGUCAAAGCAGCCCUCAGGAAGCUUUUCCUCUUCUUCAGAAAUUAAUUUGUGCCUUCUUAAGCUCUUCUUUGGAACUACAAUUUUAGUGGUAACUGACCUUUCUGUGAAGGGUCCAAUGAGGAAGUUUCUGGACUGGAAGGUAAGUAAACUUGUCCGUUCUACCUCUCCCAUUAUGUAGCAGAAUGUCUACACGGAUGAUCUUGGAAUUCUAGCGCCCUGAGGCUGGCUGAUGUGAGGAUUGUGGUUGGAUGUGGGCCUCUGAGACAUGGGGUUUCUAAGUCUGACUCCAAAGUAACGUCAGUGUUGAGUUCACAGGGAAACAAAGCUCUCAAGGAGAAGAAAUGGCUCUUGUGUUUCAGACUUACAUCUGUUUGAAAAUAUUUUCCUGUUUCCUUUUUCUUUUGUAUAUACAAUAUUCAGUAUAAAUCCUGAAAUCACACCUAGAAUUUAGGUACGUAGACCUGAGAAGAGUUAGGCAGGAUAUGUGGACCUCACAGCACUUGGAGGAUUGCCAGACUGAAGAAUUGCUUCAAGGUGACCACUGGCCCCUAAGAAACUUCUACUCCUACUCUCUUACCUCGAUUGUUUCCUCUGGAGCCAGUUAGACUUCAAAAAUAGUUUCUGAAUCUAAUGAAAGUGUUUUUUUCUUUUUUUUCCUUUGCUAACACUCAAGGUAAAACGUAUUAUUAGGAUCACCACUUUGUUUAUUUGUUUUAACAGCUUUAUUGAGGUUAAAAGAUUUACAAAAAAAUUUCACAUAUUUAAUGUGUACCAUUUGAUGAGCAUGGACAUAUGCAGUCACCAUUUUGUUUUGAAUGUAGAAAUUUCUCUUCAACUUGAUGCAUGGGCUGUGUAUCUAGACAAUGCCCAAG